AUGUCUCGCAAUAAGAUUUACUACUCUGACAGGUAUAGUGACGACCAGUAUGAGUACAGACAUGUUGUGCUGCCACGAGAAAUGGCUAAAUACAUCCCAAAAUCCCAUUUGAUGUCCGAGGAGGAGUGGAGACAGCUGGGAGUGCAGCAGUCCCGUGGUUGGAUCCACUACAUGAAACAUAAACCAGAGCCCCACAUCCUUCUGUUCAGAAGACCUUUACUGAAACAUUGA